AUGCCCAUAUUUCAUGAUCCCCAUGAUAGUCCGCCGACAUCGUCAUUCUCGCCUCAGGCAUCGGUCACGAGCUUCCAAAGAGCAGACACUUCGGGAUUCGCUGUAGAAAGGAACUUGGAAACCGACCUGCAAUCAGAACUACCGAAAACCGACAUGUCUCUGGACAUGAACCCUGAGUCCCCUAGCCAAACGCGCAAACCAUCCAUGUUCGGACGGAAGGAGUGGAUCGAGAGGAUCAAAAGGACGAAUAGUCCAUCGUGGCUGCAGCGGCAGGGUGUGAGUACCCGCCCGGAGACUCAGGAAACAUUCACACCACGGCGUUUGAUGGCCGAUGUAAGGAAUACUGAUGAUGUGAUACAGGGCGAAGUUAUGACUGAACGCGAUGCCUUCACCCGACCGACAUCGCAAGACCGCCCGAAGACACCUCUAGCCUCAUCCACCGAGCCGCAAACCUCACGCAUCUCUACCCCAGAACAUCUUCGAGACCCUGCAGCGAUCGGCUUGGAUAUCGAACGCCCGCGAUCGGCAUUACACUCCGGAGACUUUAGAGAGAAGAGAGCAGGCACAACAUCCGAGAAUGACCCCUCAUCCUCAGGCUUCCUAGCAACUUCACCAGUAGUCCCUUGGAAUCGCUCAUUCCCAACCGCCGCCUUUGCUGCACAACGCAAUGAUGUCUCGUAUCCGGAAUCGCGCGGCGGUGACAAUCGCACAGCUGCACGAGCACGGGCGAUAUCGCAGUCGUCACAGCCACCAUUCAGCUCAUUCGCUUUCCUACCGCCCACGAGCCCGCUUGUUCAGCAGGCAAACAAUACAGACUUGGACUUUUCUUCUAGACCAAGCUCGCGACAAGGGUCUCGCAGCCCCGACAGAAAUAAUCGCCGGCAUACGUACUCUCCUGCGUCCUUCGAUGACUACCAACCCACUCAGAUGGCCCGAUCCGCGACCGGGACUCCAGCUGCGCGACAUCUACGCCAUAGUAGUUCAAUACCAUACCAGGCGCAUCAGCCUCGACGAUCGAUGACGUUCAACCAGUCUGAGCCCCAGUCUCAUUCGCAGACACCGUUCCUUCACGCGCGGCGCCCCUCCUUCUCGUCAGAGGCAUCUCCAUUGCAGCACGCUCCCAUGGUUGGUUCAUAUGAGGAGUCGAUACUACGGGGACGCAUGUCUACUACACCAUCGCGGCCUCUCGACUUCGUCGCCAAGAUUGGGGUACUAGGCAGAGGACAGUGUAAAUCAAGCCUCAAAUGUCCACCUCACGUUACAGUACCCUUUCCAGCUGUCUUCUAUAGCUACAAUACAGGCAACGGUAGGAUCUCGGAUAAUGAGCCGAGCCCCUAUGUUGGGCACAUUGAUCUAGAAAAUUCAUUGCCACCGCCAGACGAAAGUAGUGAGACUGGUAAACGCAAGCGACGACAUGUUGUGCCAGCCCCUGAUCAAGACGACCUCGACUUCAGGAUUAAUCUUGGAGAAGAAGAAAAUGGUCAAAGUGCAAAAGGAGACCUUCGCCGGAAAGAGAAGAAGAAGCGGCGAUCGACAUCACCCAAGGCGCCUCCUGGGGGCUCUUAUCGUAUUCCGCCACAAGGUCAGCUCCAGAUCGUGCUGAAGAAUCCAAACAAGACAGCAGUCAAGCUUUUCCUGGUUCCAUAUGAUUUGUCGGAUAUGGAACCUGGUCAGAAAACUUUCAUCAGACAGCGCAGUUACUCUGCGGGACCUAUCAUCGAUAUGCCCGCAGCCUCGCGGAAGAACUUGGGCACCGAUCGUCCAGAAGCUGCUCUCAGCAAUUCAGACGACCCGAACGACCGACCGAUCCUGCGAUACCUAAUCCAUCUCCACAUAUGCUGUCCUUCGAAGGGUCGCCAUUAUUUGUACAAAAGCAUACGAGUUGUCUUUGCGAAUCGAGUACCGGACGGUAAAGAGAAACUCAGAAACGAAAUCCAGCAACCAGAGCCUAGAUACAGCACCUAUAAGCCGACGCGAGAAGGACCGUCGUUGCAAAAGUCACAGUCAGCCGGAGCCCAGUUUACCACGGAUAAGGCUUUCCGUCGGCGCAGCGCUGGAUGGCCACUUUCACAGUCUCAGCAAGCAUAUGAUCAGCUGGAUGGCCUAAAGCAACACACUCCACUGCCUCCACCAGCCGUCAAGUUCACAGGUGGUACCACCAACUCCUCAGUGUCGAGUGGCUUCAGCUCGCCUAUGCCGGAGAUGCAACCCAUACCAUUUAGCCUUGGUCGGCUGGCUGCAAUCGAUUCACGGCCUGUUUCCCGUGACUGCAUGGAUGUGGAUCCGAAAAGCCCGUUCGAAACGCCUAUAACAUCACCACGAGCCGGCGUGAGCAGCCAGAACAGUCAAAGCGAUGGUACUUUUGAGAAGCUGAGCAAAGGCGAUGUCGGCUAUGGCGUGAAUGCAUUCUCGCCACUUGGUAGCCCAUCUGGUCCUCCCAAUGCGGGACUACUAUCGCAGCGACUGCGCGGUCUGGACGUUCAGCGCAAUGAGAAAGAGUAA